GCCGCAGCUGUGCCGCGCUCUGACCGGACCGACGCAAAGCGCCGGAGCCGGAGCCGGAGCGCGCAGCCGCAGCAGGAACAGGCGCGGACGGAGCGAGCAGCAGCAGCAGCACCAUGGCAGACGAGAAACCCAAGGAGGGAGUGAAGACGGAGAACAACGAGCACAUCAACCUGAAGGUGGCGGGGCAGGACGGCUCCGUGGUGCAGUUCAAGAUUAAGAGACACACUCCACUCAGCAAACUGAUGAAAGCGUAUUGUGAACGGCAGGGCCUGACGAUGAGGCAAAUACGGUUUCGAUUUGACGGUCAGCCCAUCAAUGAAACAGACACACCCUCGCAGCUAGAAAUGGAGGAUGAAGAUACGAUCGACGUGUUCCAACAGCAGACCGGAGGCUCUUCUCUUUAAAGACUGUUUCUUACAAACGUCCCUCUACCUCCCCGUUUGACCCCCAACAUGCAACACGCCCCGUCUUCAGUGUUGAUGCCACCCAGUGGAAAGUGUUUAAAGUCAGUAUCAUCAUCCUCAUCCUCAUCCUCCUCCUCAUCAUCGCGGUCGCUGCAGGUAGAUCUGAGUCCGACGUGCUGAAGAAAUUAAAAGCUUGUCAUGAUUUUUUUUUUUUCUCCUCCUCUGUCCUUUUUUUUUAUACUUCUGUCAUUGAGGUUUUCAGAUGGAUUUUGUUGUUGUUGUCGAGUAAAGCCUGCGUUUUAAAUUCACAUCUGUUGUUAUGAAAAUGUAUUAUUGGAAUAAAUUGAGUCUUCUUUUUUUUAAAAA